AUGAACCGAUCUACUUUCAAUAUCCAGCCCUUGAACCGCUUCGGCGGCGCGAAUACCUCCAUCCGGAGGCCAAGGGAAAUUGCUUGCUUUUCCUAUGAUGAGCAGCGUCGCUUCUCCCUUGGAGAUUCAUCCAUGGCUUACUAUUACACGCCAGCUCUGCCUGCGGACCUGAACAAGGGUUACGACACAUUCCAGAAGCUGGAUGAUGUCCCAGAUGAGCACUUGGAUGCUUUACUUGAUACCCUUAUUGCACAUGAGAGAGAAACAGAGAAGAAGUGUGAAGUAGACAUCGUCACAUGGAGAGGAAUGAUGACCAAGAUUCUAACAGCUCCUUUUGAUAAUAUGAAUGGCUUCGAGAUGAAUGCAACGUUUUACCAGGGCACAAUAUUCAUCGAGGAAAACAAUGACUACAAGAACCAACAGAAAGAGAUCCAACGGAAGCGAGGAUCACCACCUGGGAUGGCUCCACAGGAGCUCAUGAUGUAUUGGGGCUACAAAUUCGAGAAGCUCGCUGUACUCUCGAAGACAUGGGACGAAUCAACCCGUGAGGAGAUCGAAGGCCGCGAGAAUGAAGUGGUCAAUAAUGCAGCACAGUACUGUUCGGUUGUCCGUACCGGAAUCGGCAACGUGCGUAUGAUUCUGGGCGGAGAGGUCGAUGCUAUCUGGGAUAGCAAGCCAUCACGGAAAGAAAGCCCCAUAAACUGGGUUGAGUUGAAGACAUCGGCUCAGAUUCGCAACGAGCGUGAUAUGCUCAAGUAUGAGCGGAAGUUGCUCAAGUUCUGGGCGCAGUCAUUCCUCCUCGGUGUGCCGAAGAUCAUCGUGGGAUUCCGCGAUGAAAAUGGGAUUUGUCAUAGUCUGGAAGAGCUGGAGACAGCCAGUAUUCCUGGGAAAGUGAUGACCGUUGGCCGCCGUUCGUGGGAUGGAAACGUUUGCAUCAACUUUACUGGUGCAUUCUUGGGGUGGCUCAAAGAGACUAUCAAUCGGGAGGGAGUAUGGAGAAUCCGGAGGAAGGACAAGUCUCCGGUCAUUGAGGUGUACCAGGUCGAGGAACAAGGCCAUGGCGAUAUAAUUUCCCCGGCUUUUAAAGCCUGGCGAUCGUCCACAGCCUGUGCGGAGCCAUGA